ACUCGAGGAACUCCUUCGCCGAGCAUACCGGUCAAGAAUAUGUUCCGAAGUUCACCGCUAAGUUCCGAAUAGCGGUGAAAAGUGAAAUUCGAAGUGAAUUGUACGCAGUGACCAGCGGGGUGUCGAUGGUUUCGUUCUUUUUCGAACCCGAAUUUCCUUUCGCGGUACUAGCAACGAGUCCCUCGGGAUCUCGUUCGAGUCGAAGGAUGACGCGUCCUAGAGCAAAAGCAAAUGUAAAUCACGCGAAUUGGUGACGUACGAGUAACUAACAGGACAAUCACGUGCUCUAAUCGGUCUCACGUGACCGGCCAUCAGUGAAUCGAAAGGCCGCGCCGUGGUCGGUUAAUGGGACCGCUCGCGCUGGUUGCGUAACACAGAGAUCUGUCGAUCGAACUUAGGAGGAGCUUCUUCCUGUUGUCGACGUCGGUGCGUCUUCUUCUGUAAAUGUCACGUCGGUGUCGUUCCAGAACGCCGAAUCGUCACGAUGUACUAGAGAAGAGAAUUCGAGGCUAACGGACAUUUGGUUCGAACGAAGGAAGAAACAUGACCGCGUUCAACUUUAAGAAACUACUCAAGAACAGAGUUCCUGUUCUAAAAUGGCUACCCCUGUACAGAACAAACGACGCAUUGGGUGACCUAGUUGCUGGUCUGACGGUGGGCCUGACCUUGAUACCGCAGGCGAUCGCGUACGCCGGACUUGCUGGACUAACGCCUCAAUAUGGACUUUAUAGUGCGUUCGCGGGCAGUUUCGUUUACAUUGUUUUUGGAACAUGCCGAGAAGUCAAUAUUGGCCCAACCGCAUUGAUCUCACUGCUGACGUACACUUACGCAAGAGGGAUUCCAGAGUAUGCAGUGCUCCUGUGCUUUUUGUCAGGAUGCGUAACGAUUAUCCUAGGAGUACUCCGGCUAGGAUUCCUAGUCGAAUUCGUGUCCAUGCCAGUGGUAUCCGGGUUCACGUCAGCGGCCAGUGUCAUUAUCGCCUGCAGUCAAAUUAAAAGUCUGCUAGGUCUGAGGAUCCACGGGGAAAGUUUCAUCGGGAUUUGGAAGGAGUUAGCCGUCAAUAUCGGCUGGACCAGGAUCCCUGACCUGAUUUUGUCUUGCGUCUGCAUUCUAGUUCUUCUGAUCCUGAAGAAACUGAAAGACGUCAAGGUCUCGAAUAACAUUUUAAAAAAAUCUAUCUGGUUCCUGGGAACCGGCAGGAACGCUCUCGUCGUGAUUAUAUGCGCAGUAGUUUCUUACAUCUAUGAGAACCGAGGCGGGGCACCGUUCAUCCUCACGGGGCACAUAGACGCUGGGCUACCGUCCGUUGAGCCACCGACAUUUUCCAAAACGGUUGGGAACAACACGGAAACUUUUCUCGACAUGUGCAAGAACUUGGGUACCGGCAUCGUGAUCGUUCCCCUGAUAUCAAUAAUCGGGAACAUCGCUAUCGCCAAGGCGUUCUCCGGAGGCCAAUACCUCGACGCCACCCAAGAAAUGCUGACUUUGGGUUUGUGCAACGUAGUUGGAGCCUUUUUUCAUUCGAUGCCAGUCACUGGCUCCUUUUCGAGAAGCGCUGUGAACAACGCGUCCGGCGUAAGGACGCCUUUAGGCGGUAUUUACACAGGUAUUCUAGUCAUUCUCUCUCUAAGUUUACUCACGCCGUAUUUUUACUACAUCCCGAGAGCUACGCUCAGUUCCGUGAUAAUUAACGCGGUGGUGUUCAUGAUCGAGGUCAAGAUGAUACGGCCCAUCUGGAGAUGUAGCAAACGCGACCUGAUACCAACGUUCGCGACAUUCUUCGCGUGUUUGUUCGCUGGAGUCGAGUUGGGGAUUUUAAUAGGGGUGACGAUUGAUCUGGCUAUAUUAAUUUAUUUCAACGCCAGGCCGACAAUAUAUAUUGAAUACACAAAUACUCCUACGUCAAGUUAUACCCUCGUCCGUCCCAGUGCCGGGCUGCUGUUCCCAGCGGUGGAUUACCUGAGGAUAUACUUGAUAGAGCACUUGGAUAACGCUAACCCUAAGCUGCUGAAAACCUUCAAGAACUCGAAAAUCGUCGUUUUAGAUUGCAAGCACAUAGACAAAAUUGAUUUCACUGCGGCGCAUGGGCUGAACACAGUGAUCAGAGAAUUCAGAGAAAAAAAUCAUUGCUUAAUUAUGCUCCAGCCGUCCAAAGAGGUGUUGCAAAGCGUACAGUCCCUCUCCGAGGAAACAAUUAUGGUGGCCACUAAUGACGUCGAGCUCGUGGCUAUUUUGAAAGAAUUGAGUUCAUUCAAACGAACUCCGACUGUCACUAUGGAAAUUAUAAAUUUGAAAAGUGUGAAAACAACCGACGGCACAAGGGAUGAACUUACGAGCACGAAACUGUGACACAAUCGAUAAAUUUAACGGAAUUAGGAAAUUAAUCGAAGUUUGGAGAAUAUCGAAGAAUAAGAAGUCCUGCAAAUUCCUUUGCAUUUUUGUUGUUGUUAUCUUAUUUCAUUUUUUUUUUUCAGUACAUAUCGAAAAUCGAAUUAUAGGACUAUCAACGAUAUCGUAUAAAAUCGUAAUGAACAUUAACACCUAUUUACGAUGUGUGUAUGAAUUGAAUGAUAACUCGUACGUUUUGUAACUUUUUAUAAAGAUGUACCGAACUGACCAACAAUGAUGUAGUUCAUAAGAAAAUUACUUUAUUCCUAUUUCAAAGAGUCUAUUGACGAGUGCAUUUCUUAUUACGAAUGAAGGAAUAAUACUGCUGUUUAUAAAUGCGUAUCAGAAUAUGUCGAGGAAUAUAUAUAUAUAUGUAGUGUACAUAACAUCUACCAAGUACGGCAAGUUUACGUUUUAUUUUGUAAACAUUUGUAAGUCCUCGAAAAAUAAACUAUAUGGUAUUUCUUAACAAUAUAAGUAAUACUUAAACAAAAAUAAAUCGUCACGCUUGAAUACACGACCGUUAUAUAUGUUUGGCCUCCAAAUCAGUCGAGGAACGGAAAAUAAAGAAAGAAAACGAAAUUAAGAAAAUCGUGUCUUGAAUAUACAGAUUGCUUCAAAUAUUCUUGACAGCGUUGAAAAACUGUAACUUUCUUUAGUCGGUUUAAUGGAAUACAGUUUCAGUGCACAAAUUUACUCCAAGAUACAACUUGGUCAAGGAAACAAAAUUGAAAAAAUUGUUUUCAAUCUUGUUGGCUAGGAAAUUCUAUACCAUGAACCAGCCCAAGAAACUUCCAGAUACUAAACAUCGUUAAGAAUUAUUAAAACACUCUGUAUAUCGUCAUGGAAAAGUAAAUUCUCAAAUUUUUGUCACUUAUCAGAGUUCAAAUCACAAUCAUAAUAUCCUUCCUUUUAUUCUCCGUAGAAAAACACAAAAGUUUCCAAACACGAACUAAACACUAAAUAGUCGUAAUACUUUCGAUCAUAGGAACAUAAAAAAGUAUCGCAAUAUUGCCGUUUCACGACAUCCCCGGAACCAGCGCUUGAUUAUUAUUGAUUAUUAUUAUUAAAAGUACGCAUAGAAUCCAAGUAACGAGUAACACCGAUUUCUAGCGAAUGCAUAUAUAUAUAUAUAUAAAUAUCUGAGGAGAAUCUAUAAAAUAGAGUUACUACUUUCACACUGUUACGAUAGGAAAAUGAGACGCGUUUUCGCGCAAUACUUCCGAUAAAUGGCAGUUAUUAUACGAUAAAUUUCUUUUAAAGCUUUUCAACUUUGACAAACUAUCUCUAAGGAUGCGAAACACCUAGUGCGAUGCACGUCAAAUAUAUAUCUAGUAGAUCGAUUAAAAAACUGACUUUUACGGAUAUACAUACAUAUACAUAUAAAGGUAACAAUGAUAGAAACGGAUGAGGAAUCGUAAAGUGAACGUGCAACGAUUUUUGUACUGCGUAAUUGCAACGAUCUACAGUCUGAAACAAGAAAUACAC